AUGGGUAGUAUAUGGUCGCUAGGGUUGCAACGGGCGGCGGCGGCUGCGGUGCAGGAGCUGCCAGCGCAGCACCAUCCCCCAGCGGCAGCAUGCUGGGCCAAGUUCAGAGGCGUCAGCAGCAACGGAGGCCAGGACCGGCGUGAGGCCGCCGCCGUCGUCGGCCGACAGAGCGGCCUGGCGUCAUGCGUGCUCGCCGCCCUGGCGGCGUCGUUCUCCCCGUUCGCUGCCGACCGCCCCGCGCGGGCCCUUGUGCUCGAGGAGGACGACGACAUCGAGCUGCUGGAGCGCAUCAAGGAGGACAGGAAGAAGCGCCUGGAGAAGCAAGGGAUCAUCAGCGCCUCAGGCACCGAGACUGGGUACUUGCAGGACCUCAUCUACAAGUUGAGCAAUUCUACAAAGCAACCUGGCCGGUGA